GGGAAGUUCAGCUGUGGGGCGGCCGCGGAUUUUCCUUAUUUGCUAGGUAGGUUCGGGUGAUGUGAGACGGUUGCGGAGCGGUUGUUGCCGCGCCCCAGACGUCUGCCUGGUGUUGGUCGCAGCUGCCGUAAGAAACUGUUGCAGACAGAAAUCAACAGCGAGUUUCCUUAGCCGGCCGGAUCGUCCAAAGCUAGCUUAUAAUAAGCUAAAAGGCAAGAAUCCUGGAGUUGUCUUUCUCCCAGGUCUUUAUUCAACUAUGAAUGGCAAGAAGGCACUUGCACUUGAAGAUUUCUGCAAGUCUCUUGGUCAUGCUUUUGUAAGGUUUGAUUACACUGGCUGUGGAAGUUCAGAAGGCGAUGUCAAAGAAUCUACCAUGGGAAAAUGGCGGAAGGAUGUUCUUUCGGUACUGGAUGAACUCACAGAUGGACCACAGAUUUUAGUUGGUUCUAGUUUGGGAGCAUGGCUGAUGCUUCAUGCAGCAAUUGCCCGACCAGAAAAAAUGGCUGCUCUUGUUGGGAUAGCUGCUUCUGCAGAUCAUCUUGUAGCAACUUUUCAACAGCUUCCCAUAGAGGAGAAGAAAGAGAUAGAAGAAAAGGGUGAAUGGAAGUUGCCAACCAAGUACAACGAAGAAGGCUUUUACAAUGUGCCAUACGAAUUCCUUCAAGAAGCAGAAAAUCACUGUGUGUUGGGUGCUCCUCUUCCCAUAAAGUGCCCUGUGCGACUUCUCCAUGGCCUAAAAGAUGAAGAUAUUCCAUGGCAGACUUCCUUGAAAAUUGCUGAACGUGUGAUCAGCACAGAUGUGGAUAUUAUUCUCCGCAAAGCUGGGCAACAUCGAAUGAAAGAACAAGAUGAUAUCAAACUUAUUGUGUACACUGUCGAAGACUUGAUUGACAAGCUGACCACACUAGCAUGAAUUGCAAUACAGACAAGAGCUGAAGAAGUUUGCACUUGGCUCUAUGGUUUGGUUGGAGGGCGGGGGAAUUUUCAAACUGUGAUUGGUCAUCUGGAAGGACCAGGAGCUUUAGAGCUGUUUCUGCAUCACCAUUUUAAAAAGUAAAUUUGUAUAUUAAUAAGGCAUUUGCACAAAGUCAGAAAAUGUGAAGAAAACGCUGCUGUCUAAAUCCUUUCUACCACAACCAAAUCACCUUUUGGGGCAGUAUUUCCUAUGCUUUUGUACCCAGAUAUAUGUGUGCCAACAAUUUUUUUACUUUCUUCUUGUGACUUUUUUCAUUUUUUAAUAUCUUAAAAUAUAUAUGCAUUCUAAUGUUCUUCCACUUGAGCUGUAAAAUGCAAAUUAUCUAUUCAAACUCAGAAGAAAACUGCCUGGAAUACUGGCACACUAUUUUUGGUUCAUACAAAUUCAGUUGAAGAAAGGCUUGCUUAGUAUUGGGUGAGUUAGCAGAAACAAAUAGGAAAAAUAAACAUUUCAUAUUUAAAAUUAGAGUUAGAAGUUUCUGGAAUUGUUCAAUGUUAUUUUCUAACCCAUGCUGUCACCACAGUGAAACCAAAUGGAAGCCAAUUGCCCAAUAUACAUCUAUGCAACUGGAGAAAUAAUAUAUAUUGUCAGACAUUUGUCUACGAAAGCUUCACCACAUUACGUGGAAUCAAGCCUUCGUUUUUCAAAAUAAGUUAUUUCCAAGCAGUGUGUGGUGGCUGUGUUAUGCAGAGGGUACAACCAGAUCAUGAGUGUGUUUUGAAUGUCUACAGGUAAAUAGUCCACCAUAUUGCUAUAUUUUAAAUAAAUGUCUGCCUGUUAGCCAAAGAAGACUUCAGAGUGUCACAACCUGCUCAGUUCAAAUAUCUUAUGAUUGUGAAUAUUUUAUUUGUGAAUGGUGAGUUCUUGCGGUUUUCCAAUGUACAGGUGUGAUUUAGGGAAAGCAUCUUCUAGAAUUGCUGGUCAGUUAAAUGAUACUACUUAAAUGUUUACAUUUGAUACUAGAACUUAUUCUUCUGCUUGCAGUUUUGAAGAAACAGUGAAACAUGGGAUUCUAAGGCUUGCUCAUUUUUCCAGAUUUUCUUAGAAGGCUUUCCCUUACAGGAUGCAGGCUUUUGGGGAUGAGAGGGAAAAAAACAACAAUCACUAACGCCUUUAUGGAAUGGAAUGUCUUGACCAAAAAUGUUGAGAAAUAUGUUGCUUGUCUAGAAUAUGCAUUAUGAACUUAAAAAAUUCUGUAUCUAAUUCUGCAGUAAGGAAUGACAUUGACAGAUUAUUCUGUUAUGCUGAAGUCCUUUUUUGGCAUUGUUCUCUUGCCUGAGACUUUUUUCAGAGGGCAAAUCACUCUUACUUGUGAAAGGCAAGAUUAUGUGAACAUUCAGAAUUACAGGCCAUGUUACAGUGCAUUUUUACUGUUGUUAACACUAUCCUCUCUGGGUACUAAAAUUACUACUGUGAGUAAAAGUCAUGGUCUCAGUAAGUUCUGUUCCAACAGAGAGGUCUUCAGCACUUGGAAUCUAAUAAAAUAUGGAUCUCAGCAUUUACUAUCUAACCUCUUUGGGGAAAGUUUGCCUUUUAAUUGUAAAGUAGCAGAUGCAGUUCAGCACCUUUGAAAUGCAUGACCAUGCCUGUCUUCACAAUCCUAGAUGACUGGUGCAUUAACCUGUAGUAGGUAUAAGCAUAGAUUUAUGCUGCUCCUGUUGAAAAUUGACUGUUAUGCUCUUCAAUCCACAACUCAGAUUUGCAUUAUCAAAAUACUUUGUGUUAAUAUGGAUCCAGUGUUACUAGCAAAAAUUGUGGUUUUGUUUCCUAUACAGUAGUAGACUACAAGAUUAAUGCCUAUUUGCUUUUUUUGUUGUACAGCCAAGGUAUGUAUUACAGGAAACCCGUUUCUUGUCCCUCAGUGUGUUUUGAUCUGUUUAAGCUGUCUUUUACUGGAUGAUCACAUUAUAUCUAUUUAUACAUAACAUUUUAAUGUCUUCCACAAAGAUGAGAAACGGGACUCCUUGAACCAAAUUAUGCUUAGGAGGAAUUUGAAGUUUAAAACAAGCUUUGCUUCUCAUAUUUCCCUUAUAAUUUGUUUGUACAUUCAGAUGCUGCCUCAGAUACUUCAACAAACAUACCAGGUGUGGCAGUGAAAGAAAUUGUUUUAAAAGUAGCUCAGUUGACUUACAUAACCACAGCAAGAGUUCUGAAGGAUAAAAAUACUUUUACAUGUUAAUAAUUUAAAUGUAAAGCAAAGAUGGCGAUUUCACAUUCUUUUCAUCUGUAACCAUGUUAAACAACUUGUACUCAUUAAAAAGAUUCUUUAGUAUUAA